AUGGAUCAUAGAAACGAAAAAUUUUUAUAUUUCCAUAUUCCUUUUAUUCUUAAUUGCAUUAUUUAUUUCUGGUUUGGUUACAGUGUUUUUUUUAUAAUUUUUGGAAAUUCUGGAAUUUUGGGUGAUAGUCGAGUGAAACGUCCCAUGAAUGCAUUUAUGGUAUGGUCUCGCGGACAACGUCGAAAAAUGGCACAAGAGAAUCCAAAAAUGCACAACUCAGAAAUUUCUAAACGUUUGGGACAGGAAUGGAAAUUACUGAAUGAAUCAGAAAAACGGCCAUUUAUCGAUGAAGCCAAACGUCUUCGAGCAAUUCAUAUGAAAGAGCAUCCAGAUUACAAAUAUCGUCCAAGGAGAAAAACGAAAAAUUUACCAAAAAAGAAUGGUCUAGCAAUGUCAGCCAGUACAUUCCUGGAUCCAAUCAAAACUCAAAAUAUUUACCAGCCAAUGACAACCGGCUGGCAACAGCCGAUCAAUUCCGUUUCCACCUCACCAUAUUUCGAUUCCUAUUCUUUAUAUGACCGUACAGGUUACGAGAAUAUGAUCGGAAUGCCAUAUUCGUUAAGCAGUACAACAUCACCAGCUUCACAUUACUCGAAGUCACCUAGUUGUUCACUAGCUGCUGCAGCUGCUCAACAACAGCAACAUUACAGCAGUGCUGCAGGUGUCUCGUUAGCAGUGAAACCUGAAACAUCAUCUGAUGGUGCCACUAACACGGGAACAAGUAACGGUGAAUCACCAGAUUCUGGGGUAGCAGCUGCAACAACUGAAUCUCCCCUAACUUCACAAUUUCGUGCCUUCUACGAACCUCACAAAGAAUCUUCUUCAGCGUCUGCUUCAGCCGCAGCAGCAGCAGCGGCAACCAUGAACAUGUACAUGCCACAGGACCCUCGGUUACAGUAUGUCGCGCUUAAUGGUACCAUGGAAGAACAUAUGACAUUGCCACUGCAACAUAUGCAAUCCAUGUGA